UAUUAAAAGGACUGCCCUUCUCCUGUCCUCUCUCGUCUUUGGUUAACCAGCGAAGGAGUACAGCAAGGAGGAACUCUGGCGAGGCUGUUCUUGCUCCAGUGACAGGGAAAAGUGUCUCUGGGUUUGCUACGGGUGACCUACUGAGUGUCUGCCAUUCUCAUCCCCUGGGCAGCACACCAUGCCAGGAAGCGUGUUGUCACUGGUGGUGGCGGCGGUGGCAGUGACAGGGGCGGUGCAGGGCAGUAGCUGGACGCGGUAUCGCCCUCGCCACAGAUGCCUGGACUUGAAGACUAUAGUGGAUGCUGGCGAGGUUCUGAGUCUCCCGUUCAACAACAGAAAGAAGUACAAAUCAGAGCUGGACAUAAACGCCUACGUGCGGCCCGGCAGAGACUUCGAGGGCAUGAAUCUGGAGGUGGAGGGCGUGAAGGGCGUGGCAAACUUCUGGUAUCCCUGCAGCGCCGGUCCUCCUUGCUACUGGCGGCCCGGUAAGUGGCAGCAGGUACGAUUCAAGACAGUGACUUUGUUCUCCAAGACGACCUUCAGUGUUGGCUCAAUGACCUGUGGCGGGGCGUGCAUCUCCAUUGGGGAAGUGCUGAUGCCCAAGAGGUUCAGUCUGACAUCCAAGGGGUCCUCUAAAUGGAAGAUUCCACGCCCAGAAGCUUCCUGUCUUAGUGAAAUUCGUGUGAAGCCUCCCAUGAACUGGAUGGACGGGACCUCGUGCUCCCACCAUCACACUCAUCCUAUUGCCAUUCCUCUCAAUGUUACUGUUACGUUUCCCCACCACCGCAUCACGCCCUCCCCCACGCCCGCCACCACCAAGCCACCAAUACACGGCACACAUGUCACACACAAAAUUCCUCCCAUUUCUCCCACUACUGCUACCAUUCCACACCAAUCCAGGCAUUACCACGCCACCACCACCACUCCCACUAAUACCACUACUUAUAUGUACACUACACACUCACACCAACGCACUACAACACCUACUAUUAACACUACACUACACCAGCACAACACAACACCCAUUCCUAACACCACUACCACGACCCAUCAAACCACACGACACCAACACAACACAACACCGAUUCCUGACACCAUUACGACCCACCAAACUACACUACACCAACACAAAACAACAUCGAUUCCUGACACCACUACCACGACCCACCAAACCACACUACACCAACACAACACAACACCCAUUCCUAACACCACUACCACGACCCACCAAACCACACUACACCAACACAACACAACAUCCAUUCCUAACACCACUACCACGACCUACGCCUACCAAACCACACUACACCAACACAACACAACACCCAUUCCUAACACCACUACCACGACCCACCAAACUACACUACACCAACACAACACAACACCGAUUCCUGACACCACACUUAAAACCGACAUCACACCUUUUCAUCACCACACCACCACACCCUCUCCUAGCACUCAAACUUCCCGUCAGUCUGCCAACUCAGCUUCCAACGAGACUUCUAAUGAAACUUCCACUACAGCUGCCAGUGAACGUGUUAAGCAAACUUCCUUCAUUACUUACGUGAACUCUUCUGAAGGUUAUACUGAAACUUACGCCCAUUCUAACCAAACUUCAGAGCCCUCCAAGGAAACUUCACAAUCUUCCCAGGAAACUUCAGAACCUUCCAAGGAAACUUCAGAACCUUCCAUGGAAACUUCAGAGCCUUCCAAUGAAACUUCAGAACCUUCCAUGGAAACUUCAGAACCUUCCAAUGAAACUUCAGAACCUUCCAAUGAAACUUCAGAACUCUCCAAGGAAAUUUCAGAACCUUCCAAUGAAACUUCAGAAUAUUUCCAGGAAACUUCAGAACCUUCCAAUGAAACUUCAGAAUCUUCCAAUGAAACUUCAGAACCCUCCAAUGAAACUUCAGAACCUUCCAAUGAAACUUCAGAACCUUCCAAUGAAACUUCAGAACCUUCCAAUGAAACUUCAGAACCUUCCAAGGAAACUUCAGAACCUUCCAAUGAAACUUCAGAACCUUCCAAAGAAACAUCAGAACCUUCCAAGGAAACUUCAGAACCCUCCAAUGAAACUUCAGAACCCUCCAAUGAAACUUCAGAGCCUUCCAAUGAAACUUCAGAACCUUCCAAUGAAACUUCAGAACCCUCCAAUGAAACUUCAGAAAUCUCCAUGGAAACUUCAGAACCUUCCAUGGAAACUUCAGAACCUUCCAUGGAAACUUCAGAACCUUCAAAGAAAACUUCAGAACCUUCCAAUGAAACUUCAGAACCUUCAAAGGAAACUUCAGAACCUUCCAAUGAAACUUCAGAACCUUCCAAUGAAACUUCAGAACCUUCCAAUGAAACUUCAGAACCUUCCAAUGAAACUUCAGAACCUUCCAAGGAAACUUCAGAACCUUCCAGGAUAAUUGCAGAAGUAGAACCUUACAGGGAAACUGCACAGUUGGAACCUUCCAAAGAAACUUUAGAACUCUUCAAAGAAACUGCAGAAGUAGAACCUUCCCAUGAAACUUUAGAACCUUUCAAACAAACUGCAGAAGUAGGACCUUCCAUGGAAACUUCAGAAGUAGAACCUUCCAAACAAACUGCAGAAGUAGAACCUUCCAUAGAAACUGCAGAAGUAGAACCUUCCAAACAAACUGCAGAAGAAGGAUCUAUCAUGGAAACUGCAGUAGAACCUUCCAAACAAACUGCAGAAUUAGAACCUUCCCAGGAAACUUUAGUACCUUCCAUGGAAACUGCAGAAGUAAAACCUUCCCACGAAACUUUAGAACCUAAACAAACUGCAGAAGUAGAACCUUCCAAGGAAACUGCAGAAUUAGAACGUUCCCAGGAAACUUUAGUACCUUCCAUGGAAACUGCAGAAGUAGAACCUUCCCACGAAACUUUAGAACCUUCCAAACAAACUGCAGAAAUAGAACCUCCCAGGGAAAAUGCAGAAGUAGAACCUUCCAAACAAACUGCAGAAGUAGAACCUUCCAGGGAAACUGCAGAAGUAAAAUCUUCCCAUGAAACUUUAGAACCUUCCAAACAAACAGCAGAAGUAGAACCUUCCAGGGAAACUGCAGAAGUAGAACCUUCCCACGAAACUUUAGAACCUUCCGAACAAACAGCAGAAGUAGAACCUUCCAGGGAAACUGCAGAAGUAAAAUCUUCCCAUGAAACAUUAGAACCUUCCGAACAAACUGCAGAAGUAGAACCUUCCAGAGAAACUGCAGAAGUAAAAUCUUCCCAUGAAACUUUAGAACCUUCCGAACAAACUGCAGAAGUAGAACCUUCCAGAGAAACUGCAGAAGUAAAAUCUUCCCAUGAAACUUUAGAACCUUCCAAACAAACAGCAGAAGUAGAACCUUCCAGGGAAACUGCAGAAGUAAAAUCUUCCCAUGAAACUUUAGAACCUUCCAAACAAACUGCAGAAGUAGAACCUUCCAAGGAAAAUGCAGAAAUAGAACCUUCCAAGCAAACUGCAGAAGUAGAGGAAAAUGCAGAAGUAGAACCAUCCGAACAAACUGCAGAAGUAGAACCUUCCCAUGAAACUUUAGAACCUUCCAAACAAACUGCAGAAGUAGAACCUUCCCACGAAACUGCAGAAGUAGAACCUUCCCAUGAAACUUUAGAGCCUUCCAAACAAACUGCAGAAGUAAAACCUUCCAUGGAAACUUUAGAACCUUCCAAGCAAACUGUAGAAGAAGAACCUUCCCAUGAAACUUUAGAACCUUCCAAACAAACUGCAGAAGUAGAACCUUUCCACGAAACUUUAGAACCUUCCACGCAAACUGAAGAAGAACCUUCCCAUGAAACUUUAGAACCUUCCAAGCAAACUGUAGAAGAAGAACCUUCCAAGGAAACUGCAGAACCUUCCAAACAAACUGCAGAAGUAGAACCUUCCCACGAAACUUUAGAACCUUCCAAACAAACUGCAGAAGUAGAACCUUCCCACGAAACUACAGAAGUAGAACCUUCCAAACAAACUGCAGAAGUAGAACCUUCCAGGGAAACUGCAGAAGUAGAACCUUCCCACAAAACUUUAGAGCCUUCCAAACAAACUGCAGAAGUAAAACCUUCCAUGGAAACUUUAGAACCUUCCAAGCAAACUGUAGAAGAAGAACCUUCCCAUGAAACUUUAGAACCUUCCAAACAAACUGCAGAAGAAGAACCUUCCCACGAAACUUUAGAACCUUCCACGCAAACUGUAGAAGAAGAACCUUCCCACGAAACUUUAGAACCUUCCAAGCAAACUGUAGAAGAAGAACCUUCCCAUGAAACUGUAGAACCUUCCAAACAAACUGCAGAAGUAGAACCUUCCCACGAAACUUUAGAACCUUCCAAACAAACUGCAGAAGUAGAACCUUCCCACGAAACUAUAGAAGUAGAACCUUCCAAACAAACUGCAGAAGUAGAACCUUCCAAGGAAACUGCAGAAGUAGAACCUUCCCAUGAAACUUUAGAACCUUCCAAGCAAACUGUAGAAGAAGAACCUUCCCAUGAAACUUUAGAACCUUCCAAGCAAACUGUAGAAGAAGAACCUUCCCAUGAAACUUUAGAACCUUCCAAGCAAAUUGUAGAAGUAGAUCCUUCCAAGGAAACUUCAGAACCUCCAAAGGAAACUGCAGAAGUAGAACCUUCCCAUGAAACUGCAGAAGUAGAACCUUUCCAGGAAACUUUAGAACCUUUUGAGAAAACUGCAGAAGUAGAACCUUCCCAGGAAACUGCAGUAGUAGAACCUUCCCAGGAAACUGCAGUAGUAGAACCUUCCCAGGAAACUGCAGAAAUAGAACCUUCCAAUGAAAUGCCAAUAGAGACUUUAGAACAUUCAAAGGAAAACCCACAACAUUCAGAGGAAACUUCAGAACCUCCCACGGAAACUUCGGGGCCUUCCCAGGGAAACUCUUCUGAAAGCUUUGAAGUACCACACGAAUCAAAAAAAAAAAUUUCCUUUUGUCUCUGAAGUUGCCACAGGAAACUCCGGGAACCACACUGGUGCCGGUGGUGGAAACUUCAAAACCUUCCCUGUUAUCUUUGAAACUUUUGAAACCUCCUCUGAACCUGCUCAUGAACCCUCUAGGGACUAUGGCGUGCUGGCAGAGUCCUUUAUUAUGAU